AUGGCGACUCACGACUACCUCGACCCGGACUGGCCACCAGGAACAGUCAAGCUUCAAAGACUAUCUAAACAUGAAGCGGAAAACAAAAAUGUGGAGAUCAUCUUCCAACCACGUCCUAGUGACGACCCGAACGAUCCGUUAAACUGGCCGAAAUCCCAGAAGGUCGUCAACUUCUUCCUAGCCUCCUUCUAUGCCAUGAUGGUGUUCGCCUUCAUCAGCGCCACGUCACCUACAUGGGGCCCACUGGCAGAUGAGCUGAAAUUCAGCAUCGAGACGUUGACCAACACCUACGCCAUCGGAUCCGCCACAUUGGCCUUGGGAGCGCCGAUGCUGAUCCCAUUCGCGCUUAAAUACGGUUCCCGGCCGGUAUACGUCCUCAGCAGUAUCUUCCAGUUUAUCAUCUCAAUCUGGGCGGCGAAGACACAAACAGCCGGCGACUGGUGGGGUGUAAAUGCCUUGCAAUGUUGGCUUGGCGCGCUUGCGGAAGUCCUCAUCCAGAUCACGAUCGCGGACAUGUUCUUCGUCCAUCAACGCGGGUUGAUGAACUCGAUCUAUGUGUGGGCUGCUAACAUUGGGUCGAAUUUGGCAGUCGUCGCGGCUGGCUUCAUCACCUCUAACCAAGGCUGGCGAUGGGUGUGGUGGUGGUGUGCCAUUUUCUUCGGCGUCCAGAUCAUCAUGUUCGUAUUUGGUUUCGAGGAGACGAAAUUUCCCAGUCAUGUUCGGGGUACUCCUUUACGCGGAGAUGGUGUGGUACCGGCUUCAGGGGAAGCGGCGAGUAUCAAGAACGACAGAGAUGACAGCGACGAGGGAGAUGAGAAGAGCAGGAAUGCCAGAAACAGCACUGAAGACCCGAUGAGGAGUUCUUCGGUCCCCCUCAUGAGCAAUGAGUCGACAAGUGAAAAAGAUGGGGAAGGCAAUUCGAGUGAUCUCACAUCGAUACACAUCGACCCGAACAAGAGACGGAAAACAUACUGGCAGCGACUGUCUCUUCUCAGAACUUCACCAGGUCCAUGGUCUCAAUUUCUGAGACAUUCAUGGCAGCCGUUUCUCAUUCUUGGCUCAAUCCCUGGCAUACUAUUCUGCUCACUCACUUACGCGAUCUUGCUUGCUUGGACUACGGUUAUGACGACUGCACUGUCAGUAUACAUGCUGAAGGAUCCUUAUAACUUCACGGCAAGUCAAAUCGGCCUGAUGAAUCUGGCUCCAUUCAUCGGCCAAACACUUGGCACACUCGUGGUAGGUCCUGUGAGUGACUAUUUUGCUCUACAGCUCACCAAGCGAAACAACGGCAUAUAUGAACCUGAAAUGCGAUUCUAUGUAUUCGUCCCCUUCAUCCCGUUCCAACUCGCGGGAGCGUGGUGGUUUGGCUACGCACUCGCAGACGGUAAGUCAUGGGUUCAAGUAGCGAUGGCCUUUGGCAUCUGCAACUUCGGAUCAGCGCCGUUGCAAAGUAUUGCUCUGACAUACUUGCUCGACGCAUAUAAUGAGAUCAUUGGGGAUGCGCUUACGGCGCUAACUUUCACUCGCAAUGUCUUGAGUACAAUCUUUGUAUUUGCCAUGCCAGCCUGGAUUGCAGCAGUCGGAAUUCCAAAUGUCUUCAAUACUAUCGGUGCGAUUGGGGUACUGAUUCUAUCCUUCUCCGUAUUUUUCAUAUGGCGAGGCAAAAAGUUGCGAGCGCAAACUGCGAAGGUUUAUAAAUACUAUGCCGAACGACAGUUUGAGGCGCGCCCAGUUUAG